UAAAGAUGUUUUGGAAUCCUUUGCAUAGUAAAUCAUAGUAAACUUUCGAAGCCGACACCUCUAGAAAUAUGCAUAAAUAAUUAUGCUUGCUGAUGAAUCAUGAAAACUUCAUGCUAGGGUUGUUUUCUAUUGUUUUGUCAUUAGUAAAUAUUUUAUGUUCGGAACAUAUAGGUUGCUAAUCAAAAAUAAUUAUUGUUAGUACUUAGGCAUGUUGUAUUAGAAAUAUUAGUUUCUUUCCAUAUAUAAAAUAUCAUAAUAAAUCCAUGUAAAAUAAAUUGUUAGGUAUAAUUAUAUGUUAUAAUUUGUAAGAAUUAGUUGUGCUAUUAAAUUGUAUUCAUGCAAUUUAAUUUGUUUCUAGCAUUUGUAGUUUCUCUUGUUUUCUGCCCUGUAAAUGUAACAUUUGGUGUACAAUCUUGACAUAAUAAUUCUGAAGGAUGCUAAUCAUGAUAGAAUGGACUAGGAGCAGAGUGUAUACUAUACCAGUAAAAACCUAGUUUAAUGUAUGCUAAAGUCAUUAGCUAGCAAUUUUCCUUUCCGCUACGACGAUCGGUUAAAUUGUGUAGCUUUGUUUAUUUGCAUGUAGGUUUAAUAUAGAAAAUAUUUCAUACAAGAUGUGUGUCAUUGCUAUCGUGCUCGACCUUGUUACUUUAUGUACAUAACUAAUUUGAUUAUUGCUCGAUCAAUGAUUGCAUGUGUAUGUGUAGAAAUAUGCAUUGCAUUAAUUGGUAUCUCAUAUGCACUCAUGUAGAAUCGUAGCCGAGGACGUCGUCUAUGAGUUGGUCGUGAAGUCCAGAACCAGCAAUACAGGACCAGGAAAAAGUUCGUGAAGACCCAGCCCAAGGCCGCAAGUAAUACUAACCUCACUCAGCAAAAGUCAAGCCCCGGUGCACAUCCUAUUAUUUCAAAUUUAUGACACCUAUAUAUGUUUCUAUUACUUGUGCAUUAGGUUUAGGAAUUAUUUGGAACUCUAGUUGCAUGAUCCCGGGUCCGACUGGAGUGCAAUCUCCAUUCUCGUGCAAACGUGCAAGCACAGGCUCCAUGCCGCUCGAUUAUCAUCAGACGGACACUGGUUUUUAUUCACUUAACCCCUCCCACCUAGCACCCGCAGCCCAAUGAGCAUUAUGCGAAAAACCCCCUACUAAAAAUGAUACUCCACAAAUCAAUCCAAGUAAAGAAUACUCCAAUCUCCAUCUCGUUCGUCGCCCGCCGCCGCCCUGGGCUUGCGGCCCUCCUCCGCUCCCAAGGGUGCCGACCACCGCAGCCCUCCUCCCCUGGGGCCGACCUUCAUCUAUUACGUGGCCGUUCGAUGGUUGAGCCGUCGUUAUCUUCUCCCACUCCGUGUAACGGGGCAUCGCCUUCUUUUGACGCAGUCAUCUGCGGCAUCGGCGUCGUCUCUUUCUCGCCGGCGAGAGACGAGCGACGCUAAUUCCUGCAUGCUUCGGCCAUCACCAUCUGGGGUACGUAUGUGCAUGUCGUCCUUGCGUCUGGCGUCUUGCGUGAAAGAAAUCUGUUUGCAGCAGCUUCUUGCAUCACGUUCUACCUGGGUUGAUCAGUGUUGCAUGGUUUUUAAUUAGGUGCAUGAGUUGUCACCAAUGCUAAACCUUGAUUGCUGGAGCAGGAUAGGUAUUAUUAAAUUAAUGGAUGAAGUUGAAAGGGUUGAGUCUCCUGCUGAAGGUGGGAUUAAUGGAAUCCAAGGCACCAGUUUCAGUUCUUCAAAUGUCACAGACACCAUUACGACUGGCAUGGAUGAAAGAAUCGAAUUACCUUGUGAUAAUUUGGAUGAUGUCGAACAUAGUGAUAAGGAUGGUGGAUUUAGAACGCCAACGAAGAAAGCGAGUGUCCCCAAGGUAGGGAUGCUAUUCGAUGAUGUGGAAUCAGUACAGGAGUUUUACAUGAACUAUGCACAUGACAUCGGAUUUUCUGUUCGUAUCGGUCAACAAAAACUUGAUGACAAUGGAGUGGUUCAGUGGAAGCGGUUCUUAUGCACAAGGCAAGGAUAUAGAAAACAACAAACUACCGCACCUGUGGAUCCAACCAAGAAGAAUAAGAAGGCGCAAAAUACCAGAGAAACUAGAUGUGGAUGUGAAGCUUACAUGUAUUUUAAGCGCAAUAGUGAAGGCAAAUACAAGAUAGGAGCAUUGCAUGAGGACCAUAACCAUGAGCUUGUGACACCCAGUAAACAGCAUUUGCUUAGAUCGAAGCGCUUUGUAAGCGAGAAGGCAAAAACAACAUUGUUCAAUUGCCACAAAGCAAGCAUUGGAACAUCACAAGCAUACAUAUUACUUCAUGUGGGUGCAGGGGGAUUUGAGUAUGUGGGUUGCACAAAAAAGGAUCUACAGAAUUACUAUAGUGAUUUUAGAAAUAAAAUCAAAGAUGCUGAUGCUCAGAUGUUUAUCGACCAGUUUGGUAGGCUCAAGGAAGUGGAUCCAGGUUUUUUCUUUGAAUAUGAAGUCAAUGACGGUCGGUUGGUUCGUGUGUUCUGGGCUGAUACAACAAGCAGGAAGAACUAUUCCCAUUUUGGUGAUGUGGUAUCUUUUGAUUCUACUUAUAGCACAAAUCAAUACGACAUGAAGUUUGCACCUUUCACUGGAGUCAAUCAUCAUAUGCAAUCUGUUUUCUUCGGGGCUGCUUUUAUAGCUGAUGAAAAGAUAGAAAGUUAUGUUUGGUUAUUUCAGACCUUCCUACGGGCAAUAGGAGAGAAGCAUCCUAAACUCAUUAUAACAGAUGAGGAUGCUAGUAUGAGGGCUGCUAUAGCCAGUGUUCUUCCAAGUACCAUGCAUAGGUUGUGCAUGUGGCACAUAAUGAAAAAAUUUCCUGAGAAAAUUGGUCCUCAUUUAUUACAGGAUGAAGAAUUUUGGAAAAGGGUUAACUUAUGCGUAUGGGGUUCAGAAACAACAGAAGAGUUUGAGAGCAGAUGGCUUGCUCUACUGUCAGAUUAUAAUUUGGGGAACAACGAUUGGUUGGAGGGAAGGUACCGCAUUCGGGAGUCAUGGAUCCCAGCAUAUUUUAAAGAUAUUUGGCUUGGAGGCAUUCUUCGAACCACAUCAAGAUCGGAGAGUGCGAAUUCGUUUUUCAACCGUUUUAUAGGUCGUAAGCUUGCAUUAAUUGAGUUUUGGCUCCGGUUUGACACAGCUUUGCAAUGCCAGCGUCAAGAAGAAUUGAUACAUGAUAACACAACCCUGCAUACAAACCCUACUCUAUUGACUACAUGGGAAAUUGAGAAACAUGGUAGCUAUGUUUUCACACAUGAGGUUUUUGAAAAAUUUCAAGAAGAGGUGUUAGCUGCAAGGGAGUAUUGUGAUAUCCAGAGCACAACUGAAUUGGAGGAUAGAAAAAUUGUUACCAUGACCGACAACUAUAGAAGAAUUAGAGAGGUAAUUUGCUUCAGCACCGAGCAGAUAUAUAAGUGCUCGUGCAUGCUUUUUGAGUCCAUUGGAAUACCUUGUCGUCAUAUCAUACGCAUGUUUAGAGGUGCAAGACUAAAUGAAAUUCCACAGCACUACAUCACGAAAAGAUGGAUGAAAAAUUGUAAAAGAAACCAUGCAUUUGAUAGCGACGGUAAUUUAUUAGUGGAGAAGGCCACUAGUUCUAUGGCUGCAUCUAUGAGAAGGAAGAUGUCUAGCACACAGAAUAAAUUUGAAGAUAUUUUUCGAAGGGCGAAAACAUCAGAAGAAGGCAUAGAUGUUUUGAUACAAAACCUGGAAUCACUUUCCCUGUUGUUUGAUCCUAGCACUCAGACUAGACAACAGGAACAGGAAAAUUUUAUUGGCUGUAGCAUUCCUAAUGACGUGCAGGUUCACCCACCUAAUGAUACUCGCGCAAAGGGAAAGUGCAAGAGAAUAUUGGGACAUGCAGACAAAAACAAAAGGCAAAAGGAUUCGGGUUCACGCAAGUGCACGAUAUGCAAAGAUGUCGGGCAUGAUAGACGUAAUUGUCCAAAGAAAGAAUCAGGGGCUGAUACACAUGAAAGCUGAAGCCUGAACUGCAAUUUGUUUCCUGCUACAUAGGAAAAUAGCAUCUCAGAUUUGUUUUUUUUUCAUGUUCAAACAUUAGCUCCUCUUGGUUUGGAACUCUGUAAUCUUUUGAGCUUUGAUCCCCUCACUAUGAUUGCUACAUAUGCUGUCUCAUAUUGCCCUCUUCCACGUUGAGACGAUGCAGAAAAUUCACCAAUGUGUGCACUUGA